CUUACCGAUAAACAUUUAACUGCUCUACGCUUUUGAAUAAAUAUUUCUGAUAGGAUACAUGUUAGACAUGUUGAAGUAAAAUGCGGUAUUUUUAUUUAACGAUACUGAUUCUAUCAAUUGGUACUGUUCAAGCUGGUUUGUUUCUGAACUUGAAAGACGAUGUUUUAGCAAUUUGGGAGGAGCGUCAUGCACAAAGUAAAACAACAGGUGUCACAAAAGAGAAAAGAACAUUUAGAAGAUAUUUAUUUAAAACUUCAAAUAACACGAAAUUACACAAGAAUAAUGAUAUUGGUCGCGCAAGGAACAAAAGGGACAAAGAAAAUUUAACUGAUGUUGAAACUACAAAGGAUAAGCACAAUAAUCUUGAUGCAGCAAUGGCACCAGUUUUCAGAACAGAAAUAGAUAACCAGAUUGAGCUCUCACCGAAAGACAACAAAAUAUCUCACAAUAAAACUGUUAUCCUAAAAACUAGAGCAUUAAAGAAGUACACUAAACAUACUGCAUCUAAGGACAGCCCUCACAGACUAGCUGUCACAAUGGGGACAACUCCAUUUUCAAAUAACUCAAAAAUGUAUGCAGCUAAAGCUAAAUUUAAAACUAGGAAAGAUAAAAAUCUGACAAAUGUUUUGAAAAAGGAAAAACAUUCUAAAUUUAAUUUCACCAAACAUCAUUUUGAAAUCUCAUCAGGUCGGAACAAGUCAAACACCCUGAAAAAGAAAGGAGUCACGAAGGUAUUUUCUAAGGUUACUCGCAAACUUAAGCAAGAUACUAAUAGCACUUUAACUAAAAAUGAAAAUAAGAUUAAAUCAGAAGGCAUCUUUAGAGAAGAUUUUAAAGACAUUCAUGUAUCAAAGUUCCAUAAUAUAUCUUUAGAACACAAUAACACAGCUUUGAUGAAAGGUAGACUACUCGAAAAAUUCAUGGACGCCAAGAGACAUAAUGUGACACAAAAGCAUAAAAAUCGGGACAAUACUCUAGAAUUUAGGGGACACACAAGUGAAAAUGAAAGUGAGUCAUUAUCAUUCAGUUCAAAUAUGGAUAAAAUAACGUGGAUGGAAGAGUUCAAUGACCAUUGGAUGCAAAAGAAAUUUGAAGCUCUCAACUCGACGCUGCCUCGAGGUGACGUUGCCAACAUGGUUGCCGCUAGACCAUGGGGAGUUCCUUGCGGAGAUCCUGGUAGGUUUGACAUGCCGUUGGGCUCCUGUACGCUACCAGGUGAAUGUGAUCCAGAAUUCCGUAUAUAUCGUGGUGACCAUACUUGUGGCAGAACUUCAUUCGUUUGUUGCGCCUUAAUAAUGACCAAUUACGACUUCUACCAAGCAUUAGACAUAUCUUUGGCAGGUAGUAGUGCCUCUACAGAUUCAACUGAAAAAAAAGAACGAAACGCAGCGGUGGUAGCUCAUAAAAAGCGCAAAUUGGAAAGAUACAAACUGAAAAAACAAAGACGAAGAAGGAAAAGAUUAAUUAAAAAGAAUAUCAAGUCUAUAAUAGUAGCAUUUAAGAAAAUACUUAACUUUGCUUAUAGGAACAAGACAUCUGAGAGCAAAAAAAGGUCUCAGAAAUUGUUGAAACUUAUAAAGCACAUGAAAAAAGAAUUCACGAAGGACCGUACAGCUCUUAUAAAAAUCCACCAAUACGACAUGUUGAAGAUGGAUGACCAGCUGGAAGCAAAACUGAACCAACUGAGACCUUUGCAUACGGAUUUUAUGACAAACGAUACUUUUAGAAAGAUUGUUAUGAAUGAAAAAAUCGAUAAAGAAAAGCUGAAGCAGUUUUUACGAUUACAACCGAUGAAAGCUUUUAUGAAUUUUUUAAUAGGUAAAGCUAAUGAAAACACAAAGCUUGCGCCAAUAAAACGGGCCAAUAAAAGAAAGUCUAAAAAGCGUGACUUGAGAAAAAGAAGAUUUCAAAAACGAAAUUCUAGAAAGCGGAUUUCCAAAAAACGAAUUAAUACUCAUGACAAAAGAAGAAGUGGUAUAGAUUUGAACUUAGCGCUGGAUGAAGGAGAGCAAGACCUGGUAAAUGUUAAGCCUCCAAAUGUUGAUUAUGAUAUCGAAUAUGGUGUACUUUAUUACUAA